AUGGGCUUAUCCGGUAUAUUUGGAUACUUAAAAAGCCUUGAAGCCAAAAACUCGUUGCAUGUAGCAAUAGGGUAUAUUUUGGUUGCUUACUUUUUUCAUGCUGUCUAGAUAACAUUUUACAAAUCAGCUCAUUUUACUGUUGUGCCAUAAAGCUUAUUUUUGCGAUCCUUUUUUUCCCUAAUCUUUAUAUUUAUAUUCCAAUACAAGGAAAACUAUUAUCCAAAGAAUAGAACUCGAUAUAUGGUAUAAUCAUAGACAUUAGGGGCUUUUGGAUCAUUAUUUUACUUUUAUGGAAUAAAUUUCAUCUCUCUAUCAGAGGGAGCUAUUCUAUUUGCUACAAAUUCAAUAUGGAGUCAAUUGAUGGUCAGUUUAAUGAAUAGAGAAAGAAUAACAAAAUCUAGAUUAUUAAAUUCUAUUAUCUGUAUUAUCGGAAUAGUGUUAGUUGUUAACCCGACACUCACAGUUGAUGAUCCUGUAAUGCACAUAGUUGGUUGUCUCUGUAUAUUGAUUUGUAGCGUAAUACAAUCACUUGGAUUCAUCAUAAUGAAAAAGAUUGGUCCAGAAGUGCCUUCCACGAUCACUACCUCAUAUUUUCAUAUAAUGAUCAUUUUCACUUCAAGUCUACAAUAACAAUACAUUGGCAGAUUCGAGUAUUUCGAUGGUUAUUAUAAAUACAUAGCUGGAUUCUCUAUAUUCACUAUGUUGGGAUAGCUCAUUUAAUUUAGAGCCCAAACAUUGGUUACGUAUGAUAAGCUAUGCAAUUAUACUUACUCACAGACUCUAUUAUGUAAUCUUCAAUAAGAUACUAAGUUUGAAUGGUAUGAUUGGAGGAAGUUUGAUUUUAUUCGGGGUUUUCAAAUAAUUAGCAGAAGACAAGAAAUCGAAAGGUUGAUUAUUAAAUUUGUGUGUGUAGAAGCUAAUAAUAAUAUUACAUUAGAUAUCUAAAUUAUACAUAAUUAAUUGUUUAAUUUUCAAAAAUUGCUUAGAGUGGAAAUGUCUCAAAAGGCUUAUCAAAGUAUUAUGGAUGCGAACAUUUCAGCUACGUAAUUGUUGCAAGAAGAAAAAUACAAUUAAGGAUAUUAAAUAUUGAGGAGAAUUGAAACUACUCUGAAGCAAGAAAAGGAAGCUCCUACUAUUCCAUUAUCAUAAAUUAAUCAUCUUCUCUCUGUGGUAACCAACAAUAUUGGUUGUUUUUAUUAUAUCAUCAGGGUUGACAAAUUUCAAGCAGCCGAGAAAUAUCUCAAGUAAUCAAUUGAAUACUUACAAUUAUCCAUUCCAGAUGAAACCUUGCUAAUCACCUUAAUUAACUUAGUUAUUCUCUUUAUCAAAAAUGAAAAAUACUCAGAAGCUAGCAGAUACAUAGAAUAAAGCUUUACUGAAUUGAAUUAAUUGCAAGAUCAACAACUCAAUCCCAAAAUUAGAUUAUUCUUGGGAGAUCAUUCCUCCAUUAUGACCUUACAAUCUUUGGAGGCCAUUUUGCUCUUUUAUAGCGGAUUGACAUUUUAUGAAUUGGGAUAAUCAAGCAAUGCCCUCUAAGCUUGGAAAAAAGUGAUUGACAUUUUGCAAUCAAACACUAAAUCACCUUAUUACAUUUUAACCAAAUCAAAAAUUCAAAAUUUAGAGGUUGAAAAUGUAGCCAAAAAUAAUAAAGGGAAUCUAUAUUCUAGUCGAUCACAUCUAAAAUCAGAUCGAAUCAAUAAAAUCUUGGAGUAGUAUUCUAAGGAUAAUGAAAAAUAAAAUUAAUAAAGUUUUCGUCUAUUGAGUUAGAAAAUCAAGAAAAAGAUAGGUAAUGAAAUUGGUGAUUAUCAAUAACCAAAAUGGCAGAAUAAAAUUGAACAUAAUGAAAAGAAAAUUGAAAUCAAUAAUUACUUUAGUGAUUAGAAGAAAAUACAAGUGCAAAUCAAUGUCAAAGAUCUCUUGCAUUAGAAAUCUAUAACUUAGAGAGACAAAACCAGAGAUAUGCCUCUAAGUUCUCACACUUCUAGUGUUAAUUAGUAACUUAACAAAGCAUUAAAAAAGAGACCAACCUAACACAUUGAAAUUAUUGAAAAGUUGAAUAAAACACACAAUGAAAUCUAUAAAAGUUACUUAGCACAAAGAAGCAAUAAUGGAAGUAAAACCCAACGAGGAGAUUCAAAUAUUGAUAUCAGAAUUAAAGUCAAUGAUAAAAGCUCUCACUCUUAGAAUACUAUUCAACACAACAAAAGUCAUGAUAAAAAGUCUGUUGAUCUCAGGGAAUCCCCUGAAUUAUGCGGAAGUCCCCAACAAUUCUUUAAUAUGCUCCAAUCUACUUAGAGUGUCAUUAAAAGUCAGUUGAUGAGAUCAGGCAGUUAAGGAAGUGUAUCUUAAACAUCUCCCUUUAGAUUGGCAUAGAGUUAGGGAGAACAACCAAAAAACACAUCUAAAUUACCUCUUGAUUACGCCAAAACUCAUCGUCCUUUGGUUGAUACUUAUGAUAAAGCCAUUAAAGAGUUAUAUCAAAACUAAUACGUUCAAAUUGAGAACAAAAAGUUCAAUAGAAUUUAUGAUUUGGCUUAGAGUGUCAAAAAUAGGAUGUCAAAUAUUAAUAAAAUGCUUAUCCAAUAAGAAAAAAGUCAGCAAGUCCUUUAAAAGCAAUUUUAAUAUGAGUUUAAUUAAUCUUAAGAUGAAGACAGUUGCGAGACUAUCAUUAGUAUGGAUUGA